AUAUAUAUAUUUAGCUUUAGUAAGUUUUAAGACCGAUAGGCACACACAACAGUUCUAGCUAUAUAUAAUUUUUUUGUAGACGCAGUGUUUGGCGUCCCUAAAAAGAUUUAUCCCAACAUUUUAGAGCGUUUUAGGGGAUAUUAAGUUGCAGCCUUUUAGUGGACAAAUGAAAGACAUAAAUUAUGUGCAAAAGGCUAUUUACAUUAACGUUUAAUAUUACUGAACAACACCUGUUCUCUUGCUCCAAAUCAUUUUUAUGUUUGUUAAAUAAAGCAAGCAUUUUCUAGCAGUUGUUUCUAUUUCACGAAAAAAAAAAUUAGAAAGUUGAGAGAAUCCUAUGGUUCUUGUUGUUGUUGUUGUUUUAAAGAUAGCAAUUAACGGUUUCCAAUUGACUGUUAUGUCACGCAACUAUUUUUACGAAGUCACUUCUCAAGUUUCAAUAUAAGAUCUAGACUUCAGCGAAUGUUAUAGUCAUUAUACAAAACAAGCAAAAUCUAAAGCAUUCUACACAAUCCUGCGUCACCAUAAAGGCGAAACCAAUUUGGAGAAAAGUUCUGUAUUGACGUGAUGAGGUUUUCCAAGAAAAAGGCUGUAAUUGUUUUGUUUUGCUUUGCUUCAGUGUGGGUAAGUGUGGAGUCGAUGACAGAGACCCAGUCCCUGCGCUCGAUACUGAACCACUUCAACAGCACAAGAAAUGUCUACAUUGACCCCGUGGCCAAACAAAGGGCACGUGAUUACAUCGUGAAAUCGUUCAUGGAUAACGGACUGCACACAUGGACUGAAGAAUUCCCUAGCAACCAAAAGAAGUACCCAGGACUGAACGUGGUUGGCCGUCUGCCAGGUCGCUUCACCGGAACUAGUGAUGAUAAAAUGGUUUUGAUUGGUUCCCACUAUGACACGGUUCAGACUACUCCUGGUGUGGAUGACAAUGGCUCCGGAAUGACGGCUUUACUGCAGGCUCUUAAGCUCUUCACCAAUCCAGACAAAGUGAAUUGUUCACGUGACCACACUAUCCUGUUUGUGGCCUUUGAUUUGGAAGAGAAACAACCUAAGUCCGGCUGCUCUGGAAAUUGCUCGUGUCCAGGUGGAAAAUGCGGUAGCAGCUUCUUCGUCAACAACUUGACACAGCACCUGACCAGCACUGGAGCGGGAUUUCAAGGGGCCUUCAUUCUAGAAACAAUUCUUAACUACAACAACACAAAUCAUUCCCAGAUUUUUCCAGACGGGCUUAAAAAUGUUCUAACGCAAGCGUACACAGAAAUCUCGCAAAAUAUAUUCAGAGGGGACUUCUUGGCUUUGAUUGGGCGAACCGGUGAUGACGGAAAGCUUCUCAGUGCGAUUUCAAAAACUUUUAAGAAAAAUGAAACCUUUAAAGCCAUUGAAAUUGCCAUCCCCUCCCUGUUUAGUGGUAGGCCAAGUUUUUGGCCAGAAUUCGCCAGAACUAAGCUGGGAGAUUUCUUCCGCUCAGACCAUUAUUACUUCUGGGAUGCCAAUCCAUCGUUGCCAGCGGUCUUCCUUACCGAUUCCGCGAAUUUCCGGGGAUACAUGGUACAGUGUUACCAUAAGGAUUGUGACGACAUGAGUCAAGUGACCCAGGAGAUGGUGAUGUUUUUGGGGCGAACGUCAGCAAGCAUGGUGGAAUUGGCCACAAGCAUGACAAAUGAAGCGUGCCAAAUGAAGAAAACCGAGUGCGGUGAAGAAAAAACAGCCGAUGACGGAGAAAUCCAGACCCCAUACUACAACAUAAAAUAUCCUAACAACGUUGACUGCGCAUGGACCAUCACAAAGGCUGCUGAAGAGAAAGAUCUCUGGUUCGGGUUUACAGAGUUCGAUCUGGAGGACAGCGUUGACUGUACUGCAGACUAUGUUGUUAUUCGGGAUGGAAAGGAUAACAACGCAACGUUGAUUGGAAAGUAUUGUGGGAAGACUUUACCAGAACCCGUGAAAGCCUCGAACCAGUCCCUGUAUAUCAUGUUUCACUCAGACGAGUUGGACGCUUUCAAAGGUUUCAAAGCAGAGUGGGGUCCAUAUUAUACUGGCCGGAAGACGUCGACACAAGGACCACCUACCAUCAAGAGUGCUGCGCAUGAUGACCAUCCAGUAAUGUGGCGCCUCAUUGGGUUUCUUGCCUUGACGUCAUUGGUGGGCGGCCUGUAAACAACAGAAGCCUCGAUUUGCUUUUUCUUGUAGUUUUGAGUUUUAGUUCAAAAAGUUGCUAUAGUUAGCGGAAAGGGGCUGCAUGUGAGAUUUUGAGUGUUUGAUUGGCGUAAACUAUAAUUGGUACGUUAAAUUGUUUUCAAAUUUUUUUUACUAGUGUCUGAAGUAGACUAGCAUUUCAUCUCCUCAAGGAACUUUACAAAAGGAAAGAUAUGAAGAGUAAGCAAAUUUGUAUUAACGUAAGCUGUUGUAAAAAUAAGAAAGAAAGAUGCUAAACAUUACCAAAUAAAUGCUGGAGUUGAACUUCCAAAA